ACGCAGAACCGCGGGGCGGCCCCGCCCCCGCCGCUCUCCCAUUGGCGGAGACCGCCGCGGUGGGUGGGGCUUCGGCGCCGACACGUGUGCCGGGACCAGGAAGUGGCGGCGGCGCCGCGGCGGGAGCGGUCAGCAUGAUCCCAGGGCACGGGCCGGUGAUCCAGUCGGUGCUGGGAACCAUCCUCACCUGGGGGCUGACGGCAGCUGGCUCGGCGCUGGUGUUCGUGUUUUCCAGCGGGCAGAGGCGGAUCCUAGAUGGGAGCUUAGGCUUUGCCGCAGGGGUCAUGCUGGCUGCUUCCUACUGGUCCCUCCUGGCCCCGGCUAUCGACAUGGCUGAGGAGUCCGGCAGCUUUGGAGCCUUCGCUUUCUUCCCGGUAGCCGUGGGCUUUGCUCUGGGAGCAGCUUUCGUGUACUUUGCUGACCUGCUCAUCCCGGCGCUGGGUUUCAGCGGACCUCCCCAUGCAGUGUUUGCCUUGACCUGCGACCAACGAGCGGUGAAAGAGAAAUAUGAGCAUGAACCGGCCCAUCACCUGGACUACGAGAGCGAGUUGUCCAUCCGGAUAGGUAGAGCUGGGCUCCAUCCAGACAAAGUUGAGAACGGGGAGCCCUAUCAGAGGAGGAAGGGUGUGGGGAACAGCUUGCCCGACGGCCCCCCGGCAUUCCCUGCAGCCAGGGAUGGUGCCCCGACAGCCAGCAGCAGCAGCUGGAGGCGGAUUAUGCUGAUGAUCCUCGCUAUAACCAUCCACAACAUCCCAGAGGGUCUGGCAGUGGGAGUUGGAUUUGGGGCAAUUGGAAAAUCAGCAUCUGCGACCUUCCAAAGUGCCAGGAACUUAGCAAUCGGCAUUGGGAUUCAGAAUUUCCCGGAGGGCCUCGCCGUUAGCCUGCCGUUGCGCGGUGCUGGAUUUUCAACGUGGAAAGCGUUCUGGUAUGGGCAGCUGAGUGGCAUGGUGGAGCCCUUAGCUGGAGUCUUCGGUGCCUUUGCUGUGGUGGUAGCAGAGCCUCUACUCCCCUACGCCUUGGGCUUUGCCGCUGGAGCCAUGGUCUACGUGGUGAUGGACGAUAUCAUCCCUGAGGCACAGACCAGUGGCAACGGGAAGCUGGCAUCCUGGACCUCGAUAUUAGGAUUUGUGGUGAUGAUGUCCCUGGAUGUUGGGCUUGGGUAAGGCAACGUGCUGCACUCCAGGAGAAGACUUCAGAGCUUUUUGUGCGGUGGCAUUGGAACUGGACAUGCAUUAUUCUCUAGACCUUUUUUGUAUAUAUAUUUUUUUGGAUCUGGUUUGGUGUUGAUUUCCUAUAAUUUUAUAUCUCUUCCUCCCCUCCAAUGUCAUGUUGAUGGUUUUCAAAGCACAAAUACGGGUGGUUCCUUGCAGGUCCUGGUUUCCUUUCGCCACCAGAUUUUCCUCUUGGGAGGGUUGUUGGAUGACGUGUCAGCCGGGCUGCAGGUCACCCUGCCCUUUCCCUCCCACGCUGGGCUGGUUUCUCCGAGUCAGGUUGCUCUGGGUUUUGAUCAUCUUUGUUCUGUAGAAGAUUAGACAUUCCCUGUUGCGUGUUUAAGCUGGUCUGUGGUUAAGGACCAAGGCAUUUGAAUGAAGUAAACUCCUUACAGAGUCUCAAUUUGCACACUGUCUUUGGAAGGCAGGUGGAAGGCGUUAGGGCUAAGAUAACACUUAAAGCACUCUGUGGGAUCACAGGUCUUGUGUAUCCUGCUGGUCCUUGGGAACGGUUUAGGGUGUUAGUUUUGAUGGAUGCAAAUAGUUCAGGCAAAUAGAAAUGAGUUUUCUUGGGAGUUCUGUUAGAGGGAAAUGCCAUUUUUCCUAAGUUUAUCUCCUAAGUGGAGUUUUGUUCCAAUACCUCAAGGUUUUCUCUGCAAAAAAAAAAAACCACAGGACAGGAGAAUAUUUGUAUUUUCUAGCAUGUGGUUUUUAGAAAGGCAAGGCCUGGUCAUCUACAUCAUGAUACCCUUCAGCCUGACUGGCGUACAGCAGAUUACAGGGCCUGUUGCUGUGUCUGGCCUUACCAAACGAUUCCUAGUUUAUGGCUGCUGGUUCCAAUGGUUCAUAACUCCCCAAAGAGCCAAGGCAGGAUUUUCCCAGUGGUGGCCCUGUUUGGACUUCACCCCAGAGCUCAGAGCUGAGUCAGGAUCCAAACAUGCCAUGAGCUCUCUCCUGAGCCACAGCAGGAUGAAAUAAUUCAUUAGGGUGAAUUAAUUACCCUAUCCGAAGAGCCAGAAGCAUGCAUCUUGUCUAUCUGCCUCUUCACCCUCUGCUUUUCAAGCAUCUCUUGUUGAACGGCUGUUCCUGGGCAGGUAGGAUUAAUGCCCUCCAGGCUGAGGAGCAAGCCCUGCCCAUCUCUGUGCCUGGGGCGUGAUCCAGAGAGGAGCCAAAGGCCGAAGCUGGAAGGAUGCUGCAAAUCACAACUCCCCCUUCGCUAAGGAAGCUCUGUGUUCAGUAAAAGGGGUUCCUUAGACCUUUCAGCAGGGAUAACUGGAUAGUCUGGCUGCCACCUGCAUCCUGGUCCCUCUGCAGCCGGGGGCUCUCAGGGGAUGGGGCUGCAGGCGCGGAGGGUCGUGAUCCACCAUUCUGCCAGAAGAGCUGCGGGAAGGGCAGCCAAAGGGAAAAGGCUUGAAUAAACUAAGCUAGAGCCACGCAUUUUUGUUUGGUUCAUUUCUUUAUUUUCAGUUGGAUUUCAUUUGUAUUUCAUUUGUGUGUCACUCUGGACGAUACAAAACUACUGUUUGCCAAUGGAUUUGACCUUUUAACUGUGAUUGGUUUCAAUAAAUGGGAAAUUCAGA